ACGCCAUCACAUGCAGCCUGAUGGGCCAGAGCUUGGGUGAGUCAGCAGCGAACCUCCACCUCGACGUGGAACAACCUCAAGGCAACCUGUCGCUCAGCACAGCCACUCCGCCACCACACCACACAAAGUCAUAGACCUCCCUCUUCUAACGACAAGCUCGAAUGAUCCCCCUCAUCCUCUCCUGAAGCAAGCAAACAAAAUGCAGAACCUAAUCCACACCUUCAUCGAUCCCCUCCGCGAUCGCUUCGCCCCGCUCAACCAUACCAGCAACUUCCGCUCCACGGGCCAACUGACGCCAGAAGAAUUUCAAGCAGCCGGCGACUUCCUCGUCUACAAGUUCCCCUCAUGGAGCUGGGCUGAUGCCGCGAGUCCGGACAAGAGAGUCAGCUAUUUCCCCGCGGGCAAGCAGUAUCUGGUCACUAGAGGCGUGCCGUGUAAGCGGAGAGUGAAGGGUGGAGAUGUUGCGUUCUUGGGUGAUGGAGAAGAAGAGCAAGUCGUGAGGGAUAUGUUGGCUGGGCCGGGUGAUGGUGAGCCGGGAGGUGAAGACGAUGGAUGGUUGAAGGCUGGUGGAGGGAGAGGUGGUGCGGCCGGGAUGAGCAGGAGUGCGGAGUUGAGGAUGAAAGAUGUCAGGACGGUCGAUGAGGAUGGUAAGGUGGGCGAGAAGGUUGAAGAGGAAGAUGAAAUUCCGGAUAUGGAAGACGAGGAAGACGAUGAGGAGGCCAUCAUAAGAGACCACAAGGGCUCCGCCGACUCGGAUGGCCUCCGCACAUACACCCUCUACAUCACAUACACCCCCUACUACCGCACACCUCGCCUCUACCUCCUCGGCUACAACGCUCACUCCAACCAGCCGCUUCCCCCCAUGGACAUGAUGGACGACAUUGUCGGCGACUACAAAGACAAGACCGUCACACUGGAAGACUUCUACUUCACCAAUCCCUCCAUCAAAACCGCGUCCAUCCACCCCUGCAGACACGCAAGCGUGAUGAAAGUCCUGCUCGACCGCGCCGACGCCGCCCUCAAGCUCCGCAUGGAGAAGCUAAAGCGCGGUGAAACGCCGAGUGCGGCGGGCAUGGAGGGCCUGGUGGAGCAGACGGGUGCUCUGGAUCUCAACAAGCCGGGGCAAAAGGCGACCGAUAAGGCGCACACGAGCGGCGACGGCGAAUGGGAAGUCCUCAGCUCGGCUUCCGACCAACCGGAGGAAGUGGCAAUCCGCGUCGAUCAGUACCUGGUGGUCUUUCUGAAAUUCAUGGCGAGCGUGACGCCGGGUAUCGAGCACGACUUCACUAUGGGCGUCUGACUACACUCGGGCCCCCAAACGUACCCAUAUCCCAUCGACUUGUCCGAAUGGGUCAAGCUGUUCCCUGGUGUCGACUAUCCUCGCGAAGCGGAGUGGCUGGAAGUGAGGAGGCUUUUCGGGGGCGCCAUCAUGUGCAUGGAGUAGAUGCGCGCUUCCUUCUCGUCUCGAAUGUCAGAGAUAAGGUGGUGUACGAGCAUGGCCACGAGAUAUAUUACGAAAGGCGUUUACGCAGACAUGGCGUCGGGAAUGAUGAGACAGCGCUCACGAAAAUAAUGAUACAAACUCCAAACG